CUCAUAGUACAAACACACAACUUCAUUGAGAGAGAGAGAGAUAAAGAGAGGAGAGAGAGAGAGAGCAAUGGAGACAUUCCCAGUGAUUAACAUGGAGAAGCUAAAUGGUGAAGAAAGAGGAGCCACCAUGGAGCUCAUCAAAGAUGCUUGCGAGAACUGGGGCUUUUUUGAGUUGAUGAACCAUGGAAUUUCUCAUGAGAUGAUGGACACAGUGGAGAGAAUGACAAAGGAGCACUACAAGAAAUGUAUGGAACAGAGGUUCAAGGAGGUGGUAGCAAGCAAGGCUCUUGAGGGUGUCCAAGCAGAGGUCACCAACAUGGACUGGGAGAGCACCUUCCACCUGCGCCAUCUUCCUCAAUCCAACAUUUCAGAAGUACCCGAUCUCAAUGACGAAUAUAGGAAGGUUAUGAAGGAAUUUGCUGCAAAAUUAGAGAAACUAGCAGAGGAGCUACUGGACCUGCUAUGUGAGAAUCUUGGGCUAGAGAAAGGGUACCUAAAGAAGGCCUUCUAUGGAACAAAGGGUCCCAACUUUGGGACCAAGGUUAGCAACUACCCACCAUGUCCCAAGCCAGACUUGAUCAAGGGCCUCCGAGCCCACACCGAUGCCGGCGGCAUCAUCUUGCUCUUCCAAGAUGACAAGGUCAGCGGCCUCCAACUCCUCAAGGAUGGACAGUGGAUUGAUGUUCCUCCCAUGCGCCAUUCCAUUGUCAUCAACCUUGGUGACCAACUUGAGGUAAUCACCAAUGGCAAAUACAAGAGUGUGCUUCACAGAGUCAUAGCACAAACAGAUGGAAACAGGAUGUCCAUAGCUUCCUUCUACAAUCCAGGCAAUGAUGCAGUGAUCUAUCCAGCACCGGCACUGGUGAAUGAAGGAUCAGACGAUCAAACAAAUCUAGUGUACCCAAAAUUCAUGUUCGAUGACUACAUGAAACUCUAUGCCACCGUGAAGUUCCAGGCCAAAGAGCCCAGAUUUGAAGCCAUGAAAGCCACAGAAGCUAAUGUCAAUCUAGGUCCUAUUGCAACAGCUUAAGAGUGGGUCAAAAUGCAUGUAAAGAGAAGUGGAAUUUUAAUGUUUGUUUUGUUUUGUUUGUUGGUGUGGCAAAUCUAAGAGGAUAAGGACAAAUUAUUGGGAUUUUUAGAAGUCUUUGUUUAUUAGUAUUAUGGACUUUGCUUACCAUUUGUAGUAAGCGGAUCAAAAGUUAAUUAUUAUGUAUGACAAGAUUAUGUUAUGAAUAAAUCAGUUCACUAUUCAUGUCC